AUGGAGUGGGCCAGGGACUGCUUACACCUAAGACAGACUACAGACCACCAUGUACCCGAGGUGGAAGUCCAAGUCAAACAUAGGAUAGCCUUACUGAACAACCAAGAAUGGCAGCUGGGCCCGAGGCAAUCCCAGCAGCAGCAAGGGAUAGUUGAUUUCCAGGUGGAGCCGAGACAGGCAUUCUUAGUCGAGACACCAAGAGGUAUUAAAGCAGUAUUGGAACAUCAAGGUAGCUGA